AUGAUGACUACCACCUUUCAGACUAUUGCCGCAGAUUUCAACACCCCUGACGUCCAACCGGACACUAGUCUCCCUACAACGGCGCAAAACAUCGAAAUGGAAAAGUCUGAAGUAUGCAAAAGGGUUUUAGACAGUUUACUAACGAAAGCGAAUGGCAAACAGGCAAUCGUGCUCUCCUUGUCAACUUUUUAUCGCCAACUGUCCGAAGAGGAUCGGAAUCUAGCAGAGAAAGGCAAAUUUAACCUAGACCAUCCUCAGGCCUUUGACUUUGAGUUGCUUGCUGAGACAUUAAAGAAAAUACGCCGUCACGAACCAGUGGUUUUGAACACAUAUGAUCCCAACGCGUUUUCGAAUACCCCAAACGUUCUUAAAAUACCAGCUGAGAUCGAUAUAGUGAUUGUUGAGGCUGAUGCUGAUACUCGACUGUCUAGAAAAGUUCUUCUCGAUGUGUGUGAACGAAAAAGAAACUUGAACACCGUACUGGAAAACUACUUUAAUUUCGUCAAGCCAGCGUUCGAGGAAUUUUGUCUCCCCACGAAGAAGUACGCAGACGUAAUCCUUCCACGAGCACCGGACAAUGUUGUCGGGGUGGAACUCAUAAUGGAACACCUCCUUCAGAUGAUUACGAACGCUCCAAAUAAUGCUAAUACAAGCGCACAGCGCCUUCGUUUUCGGAAUCAAUCCGAGUCGGCCCCGGGUCGCAUACGACCACAUUAA